AAAGUCGAAUACGGAAGACGACUCUGAGUUCUCUUCUGGAGUAACAGUGACGGUACGCGGCUCGCUAUAAGCGUGUGGUUACUUGUAUGCGGCUUUAGUGGAGGAAUAUUUUGUUGAAAAGUACUUUUUCGGAAAUGAGGACCUUAGAGCAGGUGCAUGCCACGGUGAAAAUUGCGAAGCUGAAGGAGGAAGAGCUGCACCCCACCGUGCACUGUCUGACGUUCGGCGAGAAUGUCGCCUCGGGGGACUACUGUCUGCUGGAGCUCGACUCUACUCUGUGUGCGCGUAUCGAGGCCGGACACAGCCUUACAAUCAGGGGAGACAAGGAUGAGCACGCAGUUCUGUGCACCGAAUCCAAGACGUACGAUCUGAGGAUUGCGGACACCUCCAACCUGCUGCUCUUUGUCCCCGGCUGCAACACGCCAGAUCAGAUGACUGGAGACCAGACGCAUCCUCAGCUCGUACAUUCGCAGAUUUCGGGUUUCUCCAAUAGCUACUGGGAGGUGAGGCCACGACGGCCAAAGUUAAAGAAGCUGAAGAAACUGCUAAUGGAGAACCCAUAUGAGGGGCCCUUAGUCAGAACGGUGGAGGAUUCAGACCAGAAUUCACCAGGGUACACUAUGGGGGACCUUCUUGACAGAAUUCAAGCAAGUGAGGUGGAGAUUAUUGCCCAGCUGAAGAAUAUCCAUGCCUGUGAAAUUGAUGGGUACUGGAGGGUUUUGGACUUUGACUACGAGAUGAAGCUCCUUGGCUUUGUGACGCAGUUAGUGGACUCCGAGUCGUGGUCCUUCGGCAGAGUCCCCCUUGACUAUUGCCUGCAGGAACUCGGUCCGCUUGAGCCAAAAGAGAUGAUCGAACACUGCUUGAACUGUUACGGGAGGCGCUACAUCGAUGAAGGAGGCGAGGUGUGUUUCGCGCUGGACGAGGAGAAGGUGUGCCAAGCCAUGGCGCAGAUGCUCCUGCAGAAUGCAGUGAAGUUCAACUUGGCUGAGUUUCUGGAGGUGUGGCAGCAAAGCGUACCGGAGGGCAUGACCACCAGGCUGGACCAGCUAAGGAGUUUGGCGCUCGUGGACCGAACUUCCAGACCAGAGACAAUUUCCCUCCUGAGGGUGGAGGACCUGCCGGAGGACACACAAGAACGCUUUAACUUCCUCUUCAGCAUGAGGGAAAAGUGGAGUGAGGAUGAUAUCGUCCCCUACAUUCGGGAUCUCUGUGGGGAAAAACAAACGACUGGGGCUCUUCUCACCAAGUACGCUCGCUCAUCCAUGCAAAAUGGGAUGAAAGUCUACAAUUCAAGGAGACCUAUGUCAACCUGAACUUCAACAUCUUCAGCUCAUUCCUCCCACCAUACUGAGAAGCAGUUUUUUUUGUUUUCUGUUCCGAAUGUGUUUUUGUAAAUAAAAACGGAUAC